AUGGCCAAUUGGACGGACCUGAAGGUUCCUGUUAAUCCUUUACAAAGUUCUAAUGAGAUUAUGCAGAAUGCAAAGGACCAUGAUGGUACAAUUUCUGUUAGUGGGAUACCGUCAAUCAUCACAUGGAAUUAUGAGGGCAAGUAUGUAGCAAUUGAGGGAUCUUGGGACAAUUGGAAGACGAGAGAUUUGAUGCAAAAAUCAGGCAAAGAUUUUUCAAUUUUGAAAUUGCUACCAUCUGGCGUUUACCAUUACCAUUUUAUUGUGGAUGGGGAAGUGAGGUAUUCUCCGGACUUGCCAUUGGAGAAUGAUGAUUUCGGGAAUAUUUAUAAUGUCUUAGAUUUACAGAAUAUUAGCUCCAUCAAUAUCACUUCCCUGGGCUGUUGUUUCUUCUGCGUUUUCUGUUGGUGCGGUGGACUUCACUUGUGUACUUAUGGACUUAGUACAAAUUAG